UGUAUUUUAGUAUACAGGAAAGACUGCCGAUGUGCCGACAUGUAAUGUCAAUGGAGCAACCACGAUAGCAAACGACUGCUGAAUUGUGAUAAAGCGUCACCGCUAUCAAGGACUGGUGUUCUUAUCCCCCUAAUUUCCUUUUCCUGCUGCGGUCGGUGUGUGGGCAUCUUGUUUUGAUCCCCAGCCUCUCUAUUAAGAGUGAAAUUUCUGUACCAAGCACAUGUGCCUUUGAUAUCUUAAUGACUAAUUAGUGGUUUCGCGAAGCUGUUUAGAAAUGAAGCUUUUCUUGCUCUUUUCCUUUGCAUUGGCCAGUGUUCAACGCAUUCAAUCAGACGAGGAAACAAUAAUUCGUGAUUACGAGAAUGACGAUGUGGACGACCUAACAAUCUUAAAUGCACAUAGCAUCCAUAAAAGCUUGAAUGAGAUAAAAGAUGGAAUUAGAAGCCUGACAAUAAAAGACACCCCCUCUAAUACUGCAGGCUUGGUGGAGGCACUGUCAGACUUCAAGUCUGAAGUACAAUUUUUAUUCAACGAAACUACGAUUAAGUCCUGCCAGUCUGGAAUUGAGGAAAUUAAACUGAGUUAUGAAAAUCUUCAACAAGAGAUAAAGGCGAGUCUCCAAAAUUCGGAAGAAAAGAUUUUAUCCUGGCUCAACGAUUUUAAAGCGUUGCUCACUACAAACAAAGUAAGCAAGGCUUCUUCGCAGGACCCACGAUGUACAAACCGAGCAGGCGAUGUUGCUAAACAAAGCAUUUCUGUUGGCACAUACCACAUCUUUGAAUCUAAAAACGGGCAAAAGGCGGACAGGAUAAAAGCAAUUGCAUAUUGCAGCAAACGAGGCAUGGUCAUGGCAUCGUUUGAGAGGGAAGAAGAACUAGCGGAAUUCAGCAAAAUCUAUCCUAAGAACGGAGUUGAAUGCUGCACUUCCGGAAGAGAUCGCUCCGGCACCAAAAGGCAAAAGGCAUUCGUUUGGGAAUCAACUGGGUCAGAUAUUAAGCAAUCAAUGCUAGGCUCAGAAGAUUCUGCAAUAACGAAAUUUAAUCCGACGACAGAAUUGUGUAUCAGUGUUGCGGGUAUUGUGCCGAUCAGACUUAUAGAAAUUGAUUGUAAUUGGGGUUGUUCUUGUAUUAUUUGCGAAGUGCCUGAUUAUUGCGAAGCUUAGCACUUAUUUUAUUGUGAGUAAAAUGUAACAUUUUGUGUUCUAAUUAUCAAGAUAAGCAACCACUGUGUUAAAAAUUGAUAAUAUAUUUAUAUCUGAUGAUCACAAUUUAAUUAUGUAUCGAAGCGAAUGAAAAGGCAGAAAUGAUAAUUUUUCAACUAAAAAUAAAUUCAGCUCCCUUUGGUGUU